UGUAUAAUGCAUCGAUAUCCACAUCCGGCACCAUCUGUAGGCACUACGAGGACUACUUCCUGGUCGUCUAAGGGUACUACAUUGUCAAUUUCUGAGGUUGGUUCAACUAAAGGAUCAUCAUCAACCAUUACACCAUCUAGACAUGUUUCUUCGCCUAAAGGGUUUGUGGGUUCUUCACCAAUUAGCAGCUACUCACCAAAGUCCAAGCAGAGUCCUGCUCCAAAAAGAUUCACUCUAGAAGUGAUUAUUCCUCCUAAAAGCUCUAUUUCAUCUUCUUCAGCCAAUGCCUUAUCAUCAUCAUCAUGGCAUGCAGCUGUGAAGGCUCCAACACCAGUGACACACCUGCAGCCACCAAGCCACACUGCAAGGACCACAUCUAUCUUGCCGCCCUCCAUUGCAUCUAAAAUAAUACCUUCUUCUUCUUCAUCACCAACUUCACUGCCUGCUCCAUCAUCAAAUAAAUCCCCGGUUACGUCUCCUCAACCACCAACUAAUAUUGCUCCAAUUCCACCAAACUCUAAUUCAGCAUGCGCAAUGCCAAUUACGCCUACACUUUUCUUGGCAUCACUCCUCUCACUUUCCAUCACUGUUACGUUGCUUUACAGCAAUUAUUUACUAUUUAUCAUUAAUUAAGAAUACAACUACUUCCACUGGAUUUUGUUCAUUGGGUAUCCAAAUAUUUAUAUUCUCUUUUAUUCAGUUAUAUUAU